CGCGUCACCGCGUCGCUGCGUCAUCGCGCCGCCGCCACGUCCGCCCCGCCCCGCUCCCUAGCCCCGCCCCCUGUCGCCCAUAGCCCCGCCCCUGUCGCCCAUAGCCCCGCCCCCUGCCCCGCCCCGAUGCGCAGAGCAGAGCGCGGGCAGGGUCGUGCGUGUCCGUGGGUGUCCGUGGGUGUCCGUGGGUGCUCCGCAGUGCCGGGACAGCAGCUGCCUACGGCUCCCGGCAUGGCAGCGCCCCGCACGGACAGUUCCCGGGCAGUGGGGCAUCACGUCUGCACGGCACUGCCUUCAACAGAGCCCCGCGUGGGUGUGGGGGGUCCUGACCUGCCCCCCACCCCCACGUAUAUCCCUCUGCAGUGGGGCAGCACCCACAUACCCGCACGAGGCAACAGGGGACCCCUGUGUGCCCCCCAUGGCGGGCUGGGGGCUGCCCCGCCUGCAGCCCAGCUGCGGACCCCCCCGUUCCCCCUGUCCCUGGCCAGCAGGGCCCCCCCGUGCCCCUCUUGGGGCCCCUCGUGCUGCCCGGCACCCAUCACCCCGCUGCCCUGGGUGCCACAGGUCACCCGUGGGCAUGCUGCCCAUGCCGGGCUGCCCUGGCACCCUGGCACUGCCCUACAGCCGCUGCCUGUCCCCAUGGUCCCCUCGCCUGGGGACGGGGCUGGGGUGCGGCUGGCGCAGCCCCCGGGGGACCCCCCAGCCCAUGCCACGUGGCAGCGGGUGUGGGAGUCCCCACGGGGUGGGCCCACUGCUGCAGGCAGCUGCCUGCCCUGUGCACCAGCACUGGGGUCCCAUCCCACGGGCAGGGCCUCGGGACGCGGGGCCGGGGCGCGGUGUGACCCCAUGUGGUGCCCUGCCCGGUGCACGGCCUGUGCCUGCGGCACCCCGCCUGGGGCCGGUGGCUCCGUGGCGCUGGGGCCGGGCUGUGGGGCGAGCAGGGCUCCCGUGGGCGGCCGCGGGCCGGGGGAGGCUCCGGCUGGGACAGCCCGUAUCCUCCUGCUCAUCCCACGGUGCCAAGGAGGGGGAGGCGAGACGCCCGCCCAGACAAGGCCGCGGGCCGGGCCGGGCCGGGAGGCGGCGGGGGGAUGUGCUGGCGCUCCCUGGGGCGCCCCGACCCACCGGUGCUUCGCGGGGCCGAGGCGCAGGCAGGAACGCGGGCAGGGGCUGCCUGGCGGAGCCCGGCAUGGCCGAGAGCACAGGGGCAGGCGCCGGCGAGGGGUGCGGAGCGGGGCUGGCUGCCACACACGGCUGCUCCCCGGCCACCACCACCCCCCGCUCCCGGGAGAGAGGCACCCGCAGCCCCCCACGAGCCAACCGGCGCUGCCGGGGAGGGGGCACAGGCAGGACCCCGGGGCCCUCAUCCACCCGGCCCGGUGAUCUGGGGAGCCCCCCGACAGCAGGACAGGUAAGGAGCUGGGUGAGUGCGGGAGCAGGACCCCACAGACCCCACGCGUGGUGGCAGCAGGGAGCCCCGGGGGGCUGCUGUGGGGAGGGGCUCACACCAGGCAGUGCCAGCCCACCCCACUCGGGUGCAGGUCGUGGGCAGGACUGAGCCCAGGGGGUGCGGGCAGGGGGGCACAUGGGUGGGUGGGACGCAGCCCUGGGGGCACAGACACCCCACGGGGCCCAGGACCUGGGGCCACCCGGCUGCUCCGGGGACAGGUGGCACGCAGAGGAUGGGUGCUGUCCCCAUCCCGCCGGGGUGACGGUGCCCUCCCCGGCCUCAGCCACAGGGCACCACGGCCCCCGGGCCGGCUCAGUCCCACUCUUGCCGCAGGGCCCCCCGGUGCCACUGUGCCCCCAGAACGCGGCGCGGGAGCGGAGCCGGGUGCGGGCGCUGCGCCGGGCCUUCCAGUCGCUGCAGGCAGCCCUGCCCACCGUGCCCCCCGGCACCAAGCUCUCCAAGCUGGACGUCCUCGUCCUGGCCACCAGCUACAUCGCCCACCUCAGCCACGCGCUGGGCCGCGGGCCCCCCCCGCCCGCACCCUCCCACCCACUCCAUGGACACCCGCUCCUGCACCCCAUGAAGAAGUGGCCGAUGCGCUCCCGCCUCUACGCCGGCCCUUGGGGGGGCCCCAGUCCUGACCCCCCCGGGGCAGCCGCAGCCACCAGCAGCCACCAGCACACAGGCGCGGGAGGCAGCAGGCUGGCAGCAGGGGACGGCACCCCCUGACCCCCGGGGUGCCCACAGGAGCCCCCACACGGGCUCUCUCCCUGCAGCACGGGGGGUCCGUGAGC